AUCGGUUCGGAUCGGUUGGUCGGCGGCACGUUUUUCAGCCCGAAAGUAGCGCAGGUUACUUAAAAAUACCAAAAGCGAGAAAAUUGGAACAGCCUCCGCUCGCUGGCCGCAGUUUCUUAGUUUCAGUUUUUUCGAUUUUCCGACUCUCCGAUCCGGCAUUCUCCGUUCGCAUCUGGCGCGGGUAAAACGAGCAGCUGCUUCAUUCUUCAUUCGACUAUUGUUGGCCGCGCGAAAAACAUGAAAUUGAAAAUCAAUCUGACGUUCCUCUGCGCGACACUCGUUGGCCUCCUGUCCAUCAUCCUAUUGACACAGACCGCGGAAAUCGAGGCCUUUGGAGGCGGCAGCUCUGCAAAUGGGGCAGUUGUGUCAUGCAAAGAGCUGAACAAUGUCAACUGCUACGUGGGCCGGAAUGAGGGGAACUUCUGCAGCAGCAAGGACAAGACCAAGGUUGAGACCCGUUGGUAUUUCGACAAGGGCAUCUGCAAGCCCUUCAACUACAAAGGAUGCAACGGCAACCGCAAUCGAUUCUGCUCGCAGGACAGCUGCGAGUCACGCUGCGCCGACUGAUUGGCAUCGGCGGAUAUAUCCCACCUUACCUAGUCUAUAAGUUUGUACGCGUAUGUUUAGGCUAAGAGCAAAUAGAGAUCGCACCGCACACUAAACAAAAUAACCACUCAUUCAAAUAUACAUUCAACUCCUUAAAAAUGUUUCAUUGUUUUUUAAAUUUGUUUUAAAUAACCUACAACAUUUAUUACUUUGGGGAUGGUACAUGUUAAAAUCCUGUCUAUCGGGUAAAAAAUAAUGUAGUUGAUCCUUAUUCUUGUCCUAAUCAAGGGUUUCAAUACUAAAAUAUUUUUUAAUUGGCCCUUUAAUUACCUACAAAUUAUUUCGCGUGCAUAUAGUAAGUUUUAAAAAUCAAAAUCUUUUGCAAGAAAAUUCCAAUUAUUUGCACUUUAGCCUUUUUGAACUAAAAAAAUCACGAGAGUUUCUUAAACAUUUUACAAAUACUUUUAUAUUAAGGACAUUUAUUUCACACAUCCUGAACUUAUAGUUUUAGAAAUUAAUGCUUUUACUAAGAGUUAAAAUAAACA